AUGAAUUGGUUAGUCUCGCUGACCAUUGUCUGCUUGGCAGUGCAGUGCGGCACUGUUGUGCAGUAUCCGGAAGAUGUGUACAGCAGUUUGGCUUUCGUUUUCGACACGACGGGCUCUAUGGAGAAUGACUACUUACAGUUGAAAUCGCAUGCGGAGAGCAUUAUGAAUUACGUGUUGGCAAGGAAUAACACUGAUAUCAAGCAUUUCGUUUUUGUACCAUUUAACGACCCAGAUGUGGGACCUGUGACUGAAACAUUUGAUCCAAAGGUAGUAAUGUACAAACUGAAUCAAGUACUGAUAGGUGGAGGAAAUGAUUGUCCGGAAAUGGGAAUAACGGCAGUGAUAGAAGCGUUAAAAGUUGUGAAGCCCAACUCGUAUAUAUACGUGUUUACUGAUGCACCACCUAAAGAUUCACAUUUAGUUUAUGACGCCCUCGAGUUAAUCCAAAGAAAACAAUCUCAAGUUGUUGUUUUAAGAACAGAACACGGAUGCGUAUCAUCAGAUACUAGCUACGAAAAUAUAGCAUCAUUGGGGUCAGGUAAUGUAUUCGACGUGAACAAGGGAGAUAUAUCAAAAGUACUGGAGUUUGUCAAAACAUCAAUGGACACAAAUAGAGUAAAUUUGAUGUCUGUAAAUAUUCCACAAAAACAAUUGAUACCAUUUCCGAAAAAGCUAAGUAUUGACGAAAGCAUAAGAAGUCUCCAGGUAUCCGUCUCUGGACUCAAUUCAAAUAUUGAAGUGGUGAAUCCCAUAGGUAGGAAAAUGGAUGAAUCAAAUGGAUUAAUUACUGAUUUGAACUUGAAAAAUGUUAAAAUCAUCAACAUUUUGGAACCCAUACCCGGUGAAUGGACUUUGUAUAUAACUAGUGAAUCUUCACAUGAAAUUCGUGCUUGCGGAAUCAGCACAAAGAAUUUUGACUUCGGAUUUGCUAUUUCAAAACCAAAAAAUAUGUCGCAAACUAGCCACAGGCCACUUAAAGGUGCUAAAAACUAUAUAUUAGUAGAUUGCCCAGAUGUUAAGAAAUUUGUAUCUUGUAAGAUUCAAGAUUUAAGCAGUGAUGGUAGAACAGAGGCUCUGCCAAUGUUAGUUUUUGGAAAAAAUAUGUUGUUAUGUGGUCCAUUCAUACCCAAUGAUAAUCCAUUUUACGUUCAGGUAAUUGGUAUGAACAGUUUUAAUAAUUACUUCAAGCGCAUUACUAAAACUAGCAUUAUUCCCAAUGAACCUGAUGUACCAUACAUAACUACCACAAAAAAGGCGAUCGGAGUAGUUGGCGAUGAAUUGCGUAUCAAUUGUCAUGUCGAGUCAUUAGUCCCAGUCACAGUUACCUGGGAGUCACUAAAUUACCCUCAACAAGCUUGGAACUUUAGCCAGAGUUCAGAAAUUGAAUUAGUCAUACGCAACAUAACAUUCCAGCAUGGUGGCAUUUACACGUGUGAGGCACAAAAUAUUGCUGGCUAUUCCAAAUCAACAACUAACGUCACCAUAAUAUCCAAGCCAACGAUUGCCGAGGGAAACGAUAAUGUAACUGUGGUAUUACCCGAAGGUGGAGAUUAUUCGAUGACGUGCACAGGUCACGGAGUACCUGCCCCCAAAAUGAUCUGGUUCAUGAAUGGUUCUCCUAUUUCUCAUUACAACGACCACAUUUUAGUCAUAAACGACAUCCUGAGGUUGAUUAUUUACGACGCUUCGUUAAGCGAUUCAAACGUGUACACUUGUCGAGCUUCAAACGAAGCCGGAGCGAUUGAGAAAAGUUAUAAUAUUGUUGUUAAAGUUGAAACGGGUAUUUCGAUAGCAAACGAAUCGUUGGUCAUAGACGAACAAGAUGACAUUCUUAUGAAUUGCCCGUUAACAAACAUGAACAAUAAAUGGUAUAAGGACGGUGUUAACAUCAAUGAUUUAGUUUACAAAAGAGCAGAUGAACAACAUUUCAGACAAAAAAAUCGUGCAUUAAAAAUCUAUGAACUGGACGAAUUAGAUGGCGGUGUAUACACGUGUAUGAGCUCUGAUGCAACGUAUUCAUUUCACUUACAAGUUGCGUUCGCUCCUUAUUUCAUAAAAUACCAGCCUGAGACAAUGAUGAUCGGUAGAAACGAAACGGUUGUGUUUGACUGCAAAGCAAAAGGAUUUCCAAAACCAAAAGUGUUAUGGAGAAAACUUGAAUCGUCAUUGCCAAUAACUCAGUGGACUUUAAAAGAUACAGAGUACUUAGAAAAUAAACAGAUACUUAAAAUUCAUUCUGUCGACUGGAUACAUAAUGGAACUUACACUUGCAUUGUUAAAAAUAAAUUAGGGAUCGAAAAACGUCGUUUUGAGUUAUAUGUAUUCUAAUACAAUUUACUGUACUAUAAACGUAUUUUAUUAUAUUGUCGUACUACAUAUAUACUUAAGCACAUUACAUCUUUUUAAUAAAUCUUAUUAUAUUCAAUAGUAAACAUUGGAAAAUAUUUGAUAAGUGUUCAUACCGAAGUGUUCUAACUUAUAAAUGUUUAAAACUAAACAUGUCAAAAUACUUUUAUCUAUAUGACUAUAAACACCAUACAAUUUACAUAGUAUAUACAUACAAUUACGUUAAAUUGGAAAUGUUUUGUUGGGAAAUAAAUGAUUUAGCUUAACCUGUAUAACAAUUUUAUCAAGAAGUAAUCUAAUUUUACUUGAAUACCUUUACAAUUUUAAAGUUGGUUCUAAAAUAAAAUACAAAUUGUUAUAGCUUUCAGAUGAUUAUAUAAUAUAAUAUAAUACAAUAUGUCUCACAGGUAGAGGGUAACAAUAUACAAUACCUGUAGAAUUUGAGCUUUAAUCAUAUCAAGGAUAAUUGGUAUUAUUACUAUUAUUAUAGUUUCUCUAGAUAUUUUUAAAGAACUGUAUAAUUUCACU